AUGGCGGUCGAAGAGGAAGGUCUUCGAGUUUUCCAGAGUGUCAAAAUAAAAAUCGGUGAAGCCAAGAACAUCCCUCCAUAUCCAGGGCCUAAUAAAAUGCUUGAUUGUUACUGUACGGUGAAUUUGGACCAGGAGGAAGUGUUCAGAACCAAAACCAUAGAGAAAUCUUUAUGUCCGUUCUACGGAGAAGACUUCUACUGUGAAAUCCCUCGUAGUUUCCGCCAUCUGUCCUUCUACAUCUUUGACAGAGAUGUUUUCAGGAGGGACUCCAGCAUUGGUAAAGUGGCCGUGAAGAAGGAAGACCUGCAGAAAUACCACGGUAAAGACCACUGGUUCCCGUUGCAGCCCAUCAGUGCAGACUCAGAGGUCCAGGGGAAGGUUCACCUGGAGCUGCGUCUCAGUGAGGUCAUCACCGACAGCGGCGUCAUCUGCCACAAGCUGGCGAUACGAGUUUUGGAGUGUCAAGAUCUGCCAAUAGUUAACGGUCAGUGUGACCCGUACGCCGCUGUGUCAUUACUGGGUCCCUCCAGGUCAGAUGCCAAGAAGACGAAGGUCAAACGUAAAAACAACAACCCUCAGUUUGAUGAGAUCUUCUUCUUUGAGGUGACAAAACCGCUCAGUUACACCAAACGACAAUUUGACGUGGAAGAAGACGAUGUUGAUAAACUCGCUCUGAAGGUGGAUCUGUGGACCGCCAGCAAUCUGAAGUUUGGAGACGAGUUUUUGGGAGAGGUACGAGUGCCACUGAGGGUGCUGGGACAGUCGGGCGUUCAUGAUGCAUGGUACUUCCUGCAGCCCAGAGAUAACGGGAGUAAAUCUGUGAAAGCUGAUGAGCUCGGCUCGUUAAGACUCAACAUCGUUUACACAGAAGAUCAUGUGUUCCUUACGGAGCAUUAUAACCCGCUCAGAGACCUGCUGCUGCAGUCUGCACAUGUACAGCCCGUGUCGGCAUCAGCGGCACACAUCUUGGGCGAGGCGUGUCGAGAGAAACAGGAAGCUGCCGUUCCUCUGGUGCGACUCUUCCUGCACUACGGAAAAAUCGUGCCUUUCCUCAGUGUCAUCGCACACGCUGAGAUUAACCGCACACAGGAUCCGAACACCAUCUUCCGCGGAAACUCGCUCACGUCUAAAUGCAUCGAUGAGACCAUGAAACUAGCGGGGAUGCAUUACUUGCAGGUCACGCUCAAGCCCAUCAUCGAUGAAAUUUGCACUGAUCACAAACCAUGUGAGAUUGACCCCGUCAAACUGAAAGAGUCUGAAAAUCUGGACACAAACAGGGAAAACCUACGGCAGUACGUCGACCGUAUCUUUAAUGUGAUCACCAGCUCAGGUGUCAGCUGCCCUACAGUCAUGUGUGACAUCUUCUUCUCGCUAAGAGAAUCUGCGGCGUACCGUUUCCAAGUUGAUCCUGAUGUACGAUACACAGCUGUCAGUAGUUUCAUCUUCCUGCGGUUCUUUGCACCUGCAAUCUUGUCACCGAAUCUGUUCCACCUGCGACCGCAUCACCCGGAUCUGUGCACAUCACGAACCCUCACGCUCAUUUCCAAAACCAUCCAGACUCUGGGAAGCCUCGCCAAAUCCAAAUCUGUGAGUCUGUAUUCUAUAGAUCUGUUCCUCUCUGCCAUUCACAGUGAUGAAACAGCUGCUCACUCUCUCUCUAUGUCUCUCUCUCUGUCUCUCUCUCUCACUCUCUCUCUCACUCACUCUCUCUCUCUCUAUGUCUCUCUCUCUCUCUAUGUCUCUCUCUCUCUUUCUCUCACUCUCUCUCUCACUCCAUUUCAAUUCAAUUCAAUUGAGUUUUAUUGGCAUGACAAAUUGUACAUUGUAUUGCCAAAGCAAUUAUAUGAGCAUGAAAAAUAACAGAGUAUAACAAAUUCUGUAUUGAACAAGUGUGUAAAAAUAAAAAUAAUCAAAAAUAAUAUAUAUAAUAAUAAUAAUUAACAGUGUAUAUACUUUCAGUGGUGUGUGAGUGAGCGUGUGUGUAGUGUGUG